CUACAGAGAGUCCAAAAUGCUGCCGCUAGGUUAAUUUUCCUGGAAUCUAAAUACUGCCAUGUAAGACCGUUGCUGUAUAAUCUGCACUGGCUGCCGGUUAAAUUCCGAAUUGACUUUAAGAUAUUAUUGUUAACGUAUAAGGCUAUCAAUGGCUUAGCGCCUUUUUAUCUCCAGGAACUUAUUAGUCUUAAAGAAGCAUGCAAAUACAAGUUACGCUCCGAUUGUGACGGACUGCUACUAAACCCUGUGAAAUUCAAGACUUUAACAACGUUAGGAGAUCGAUCUUUUGCUGCUGCUGCUCCUCAACUAUGGAAUUCAUUGCCCUACUCAAUUAGGAGUAGCCGCUCAGUAGCAUCUUUUAAAAAGACACUCAAGACAUUUUCAUUACAGAAAGCUUUUUUUGUGAUUUUAUGUUUUUUUUUUAAUCUCGUUUUUAGUAG